UGAAAAAGUGAGGAUGUUUCCUAGCAAUUCACCUCCUUCUGCUUCCAUAUUCCGAAGGCUUGAAGAUAAAGUGGCAGUGAUCACUGGUGGCGCCAGUGGGAUUGGAGAAUGCACUGCAAGGCUGUUUGUCAAGCAUGGCGCUAAAGUCGUCCUUGCUGAUAUCCAAGAUGAUCUCGGUCGAGCCAUUUGUGAGGAGCUUAAUCCCGAAGGAGCCAUUUCCUACGUCCACUGCGAUGUAACGAAUGAAUCACACGUAAGAAGAGCAGUAGACACUGCAAUCUCCACGUAUGGCAAGCUUGACAUAAUGUUCAGUAACGCUGGAAUUCCUGGAAAUGGAUCAGACAGAACGAUCCUUUUGCCUGAUCAAGACAGUACAGAAUCGACAGAUCACGAGAACUUUAGAAGGGUUUUCGAUGUUAAUGUUUUUGGCGCAUUCUUGUGCGCUAAGCAUGCUGCGAGAGUAAUGGUUCCAGCUGAGAAGGGAUCCAUUAUUAUAACUUCCAGUGUUUGUUCAAUGACUUUUGGUGAUGCCCCGUAUUCUUAUGUUGCGUCCAAGAAUGCCGUUUUGGGGCUUGCCAAGAAUUUGUGUGUGGAAUUGGGACAAUAUGGGAUCCGAGUAAACUGUGUUUCUCCCUUUGGAGUUCCCACUCCAAUGCUAAAGAGAGCAUUACCCAUGGUCAAGGGGAAUGAAAUAGAGGGAUUUGUUUCAGCAAUAGCAAAUCUCAAGAAGGCAACUGUGGGAACAGAAGAUGUAGCGGAAGCUGCAUUAUACCUUGGAAGUGACGAAUCCAAGUACAUAAGCGGAUUAAAUCUGGUGGUUGAUGGUGGUUAUAGCACAACCAAUAAAGCAUUGAAAGAGGCUAAGUUGAGCAAGAGCUUGUCAAUUCCAAGCAAAAUGUGAAUUGUGAUGAACUUGCUGCUGCUGCUUCUCCCUUAAGAUGUCAACGAAGUGCUCCUGCUGCUGCAUAUCGCUAUUGUGAGAUACAUUUAUAUUUUCCUUUUCCUAUAAUUUCUUAUCUCCUAUCAAUUUUAAAAUGAAUUCUUUUUCCCAUUUUUGAGCCAAUGGGAAAAGGAAAUGAGCAAGUAAGCCUGGAAAUUUCUGUUGAUGUAGAAAAUCAACAUAUAAAUAUAAAAAAUAAAAGAAUCAAAAGCAUGGUUGGUGUCCUGCGCCUUCCUAGCUAGAAAAUUCUAACCUGGUAUUCCUUUUCUUUCUUUAAUAGUGCCACGAAAUCUGUAAAUGUUUGGAAAUUCUUACAGCUUUGCACAUUUCAGUAGGAUGAGUACUCGAUCUUCAUCAGGAUGUAAAAUAGCUUAGGAACAGCAAUGGAAGAAGGUAAAUACAGC